AAUCCAUUUCCAAAAAUAAAAGAGCUUCUUCUUGACAGUUGAAUUCCAUUAAACCCCACCUUUCCUUCUUCCUAUCCGUUCCAAACUACUUUAUUUAUUAUUAGAGAUAGAUGGGUGGGUUGAUGCUCACACUCACAGUAGCACUACUUAAUUAACACACACACACACACACACACACACACACCUCUUUCAUUCUAAAAAUCUCACUUCCUCUCACCACAUACCAGCUACUUUCUCACCUGCCCUUCCCUGCCCAUCACCAUUUCCCGGAAUUUCUUGCAGAUUAUUUUUAUUCUAUUAUUUUGGUUCAUCUCUUCUCAGGGAUCUUUGGAAAAGAAAAUAGUUACAAGAAGAGAGAUGCGUACAAGUGUUUGUGGGAUUUUUUGGUCUAUUUUGCUUGUGGGUUUGUUCACUUAUAGUCUAAGUGGAGUUAGAUUUUGCCUGGCAACUGAGAAUGUGGAGGAGAUGGUGCCAGUAGUGGAGCCUGGAAAGGUGGAGAUGAUGGUGAUGGUGAAUGAGAGCAGGAGGAAACUGGGAAGCUUUCAGAUUUGUGCUUUAUGCACUUGCUGUGGAGGUGCAAGCAAAAGUUACUGUUUGGCAUCUCCAUGUUGCUACGCAAUCAAUUGCAACAUCCCAAACAGGCCCUUUGGAUUUUGUUCCUUCACUCCCAAGACUUGUAAUUGCUUCGGAUGCCAUCUUUAGAUUUUUCAUUUGUUUUUAUUUAAAUAAAAAAAAAAAGGAAAAAAAGAAAUCUCUUUUGAUUUAGUUUGAGAGUUUGGGAGUGUGUGAAGGAAGGAAAGGAGGAAGAGAAUAUCUGUUUUUUCUAGCUGUAAUGUAAUAGUAUUUGUUUAUAAUUGUUUAAGAGGGAAGGACAGCUAUUUCCAGGUAAGCCUUUGGUAGUGAAUUGACUUAUGUCCCCCCCCUUUUUUUCUCUUGCUAUCACUCUCCCUACAUUUAUGGCGGCAUUGAAGAAAGCAAAGCUUAGUUAGAAUAUGGAUUAAUGGAAGCAGAAGCAGCAGCAGUCAUGAACAAGUGCAGCUGAUUAAUGGAGAUGAAGCAUGACUGAUUGAUUGAUUAUGUGUCACUUAUUAGUAUUUUAGGUUGAGAGUAAGUCAGUAUUUUUUGGUUAAAAAUGUGUUGUUAUUAUCACAUAUAGAUAUAUUAGAUGGAAUAUAAACUAAUGUGGCUUAGAAGUCACUUGUUGUUGAUGUUGUUGUUAUUAUGGGUAUGGGGGUAAUGGGAGUGUGAUUUUGGAUUAAGAUAAUGGCCAUUGUUUGUUUAUUACGACAGUAUUUGUUUAUUGUGAUAUGUUGGAUAUAAUUAAGAUGGGAGGGGUAAGGUAAUUACUCCAUCA